UGUGCAAAGCGAGCGGGCAGAAGGGCUCGCAGACCCGGGCAUUGUCCCCUCGGGGUCGGUCUGUCGUGCCCGAGUCGCGUGGUUUUUUUGGUACCCCCUGACUGCCCCGCAAUGUCAUUUCAGACGUACCCAGUGCCUGCCAGCAGCCUCAGCUCAGCUCUGAAGAGGAAGGGGGAGAGAGUGGGGGUGCCAGGGCUGGGGAGACCCCUGUACCCCGUCUCGGCAGACCGGCGCAAGUCCAAAGUGUGGCAGUAUUACACGCAGCUGAGCGAGAGCCACGUGGAGUGCAACGUGUGCAAGAGGCAGCUCUCCUUCCACAACAGCACCACCACCAUGCGGGAGCACCUGGUCCGGAAACACAGCAUCCGGGACAGCCCCCCCCAGCACAUCGGGGGGGGGCGCCCCCCUGCACGGGGUCCAAGGGGGCGUCGGGUCCAGUCGGAUAGGGGCCCGGGGGAAGAGGAGGCGCGCCGCGUAGCCCACCGACCCAGGUCCCCCGCAGCCCAGGACUCCGGCAAGCGGGCAGGGCUGCUGUCCGAGCUCAUCCUGGAGAUGCUGUUCCGGGACCUGCACCCCGUCUCCGUGGUGGAGGAGAGGGGGUUCAGGCUGCUGCUGGGGUGCCUGGAGCCCUCGUUCCGGGCCCCGCCCCGCUCUCACCUCUCCGGGAUGCUGUGGCACAGACAUAGCGUGCAGCGGCAGCUUCUGCAGGGGUACCUGCGGGCCGGCGUGGGGCGGGGGGGGGCCGCAGUGCUGUGCACCGAUCACUGGGGGGUGACGGGGAGCGGCAGGGGCUACCUGACCAUCAGCAUUCUCUUCGUGGAUCGGGAUUGGCGGCUGGCUAGAUGUGUUCUGGAGACACGGCCGGCUCCAGAGCCCCAGCGGCUGAGGGACGCUCUGGGAGGGGCGCUGGCACAAUUCGGCCUGCCCGAGAGCUCUGUCCUGGGGGUGGUCCUGGACAGGCCGGACCCUUCUCUGUCUCUCCGGUCCCCAGGGGGCCUGGCGGGCUGGCAGGGGCUGCCCUGCGCGGCGCUGUGGCUGGGGGAGUGUGUGGUGGAGGCUCUCUCUCUGGAUCCCGUGCAGGAGGCGCUGGCAGCGGCCCGGGUCAUCGUGACUCACUUCCAGCAGGAGCCCGGCAGAGCUGCUCUGCUGAACCCAGACGAGGCGGGAGCGGCGGGCAGCAGAGCUAGGCUCCCCCCCCUGGACCAGCCCGCUCGCUGGGUCACCACGCUGGCCAUGUGCGACGGCUUGCUGGAGCUGCGCUGGGUGGUCAGCUCGGUGCUGGAGGGGGGGGGCAGCCCCCCUGUCCCCAAUCUGGCGGAUCAACAGUGGCGUCUCCUUCAGGAGCUGGUCCCGGCGCUCAGGACUGUCAGGCUGGCCGCCUCCUUCCUCAGCGAGGAGCCUAACGCCCCCGUCUCCGCCCUGCUGCCCUGCCUGCACGGGGUGGCCAGGCUGCUGGGCAGGCAGCUGGGGGAGUGCGGCUUGCAGGCGGCCCGGUCAGCCAUCGGGAGGAUGAGGGUAGCGAUGCAGAAGCGUUGGAGGAUUGGAGAGGGAGAGGAGGAGGAGGAGGAGGAGGAGGAGGAGAUGCUGCACAGCCCCCUGGUCCUCAGCUCGUUCCUGGACCCCCGUUUCAAGGAGCUGAGGUUCCUGAGCCCAGACGCCAGGAGCCGGCUGCAUGGGAGGGUGAAGGAGCUGCUGUCAGCGCAGAGGGAGGAGGGAGAGGAGAAAGAGGAGGAGGCGGGACAGGCUGAGGGAGCAGGAGGAGGAGGAGGAGAGAGCUCCCCGAUGUCUUGCGUUUCCCCAGAGGGGCACGACUUGCAGGCUGGGGGGGAAGGCGAGGGCUGCAGGAUCAGCAUGGUGGUUGUUGGGGCGCACGGUAACAGUCAGGGGUCCCCUCCUCCUCCUCCCCCUCCCCCUCAGAGCGUCUACGAUAUCCUGCUGGGGGAGGAUCCGACAGAGCGCAUGCCGGAGAUCCAGCAACAGCUGGAGAAUUACAUCGCCGAGCCCUUGUGCAAGCGCAGCUGCAGCCCGCUGGACUGGUGGCGCGGCAAGGAGCUCCGCUUCCCAGCGCUGGCCGGGCUGGCCCGCCGCUACCUCGCCAUCCCCUCCACCGCCGUGCCCCCCGAGAGGGCCUUCGCCGCCCAGGAGAGCCCCGCCCUGCGCAGGAGGGCCACCGUGGCCCCAGAGCACUUGGACCAGAUCCUGUUCCUGAACCAGAACUGCGAUUUCAUCGAGGGCCUCCGCGGAGGGGCCACGGGCGCGGUCGAGCGCAGGGGGGGCCAGGCCCACGCCAGGGAGACUCUCUAUCAGUCGCUGGUGUCCUUCGAGAGCCAGGCCUGGCUGAGCGAAGACAGGGAGUGA